AAAAAAGAAAAGUGACAUUUUCUCUAAACAGAAGAAGCUAACACUUAGGAAUUGGUAAAACAAAUUGUUUAGUUAGGAUUAUAAUAAUAAUAACAACAAGUCAGAGGGAAACAAGCUAACGAAAUAGCCAAACAACACUGUCGCAUAAUUAGAUAAAUUUGACCAAAAAAGGGUAAAGACAGCUCAAUGUAAGCAAAAAUGAGCUAAAACUCAGCUUUAGGAUUUUUAAGGUUAAAGUUUUAUCACACAGGAAGCUAAAUGUGAGAAAUUAUAAAAUGGAAAACUCAUAAACCUGACAUUUAGCCACAAACAUUAGAAUUUUCUGACAUGAAAAGAAGAGCAAAAAAAAAAGAGCUAUAAAAUCUAACCUUUAGCAUCAGGGUGAGUGUUAGAGACAGGUGGACACUUUUUUUAUCUCCAGCUCUCCAUUGGCUGCCAUGUUUCCAUAAAGGUUUCCUACAGGAUUAAUCUGGAUUAUAAUCCCUGUGUGUGAGUGUGUGUUUUUCUCCCCCCAGUGGAACAUGUUUUUAACGUGGUUCCCGUUGGUGGAAUCUCGUGACCCGUCUCCUCCGCGCUGCUGGGUUUUUAAUCUGAGUUGUUUUCAUAUAGUGGGAUUGCAGAGGUUAACUCCGCCCACACCCCCACACUUCCAUCCUCUGUCCUCUCAGGACCAGCUGUUCCCCAGUGUUCAGUGACGGGUGGGGCAGGGUGGGGCAGGAGCUCAGUGACAGAGAUGCUGCCAAAGGAAUAUUUGGGAAAUUCGACGGAGGAGGAAUUUGUUCCAAUGUUCCUGAACCUUUCCUCGGUUCCUGCGGUUCCUGGAAUGGGAUCAACCACUGGUUCUGGACUCCUGUGAGGACCUGAUGAGGACAAUGGUCUCAGUGUUCCCUGAAGUGAUGACGGCUCCGUCUUUGACUGCAGUUGAACGAGGAACGACUCAACCCUGACUUUGGAACCCAACAGAUGACAUCGUUUUUGUUUAUGUUCAAAUAUUUAUAUCUUGUUUCUAACUUUUAGCUACUUUUGCUACAUUUUUGGUUAUUUUAUUUUAUUUUUAACAGCGACUCUCUUUUCUUGGCUAACAUUUAGCUAUUGUUGCUGUUUUGCUGCUUUUUUAGAAUUGUUGCUAGCUACUUCUGGAAUAAUCUUUUGCUUUUAUUUCUAUUUCUAAUAAUACUGGAUGGACUAAUUGCUUUUUUGCCAUAGGCCUGGGCAAUACUUAACUGCUAACACUUAGCUAGGCUGACAAUAUGUCAUAUUUGUCCAUAUUCAUCUCAAAUCAAAUCUUUUUUCUUAAACUUUGACUUAAGGUGAACUCUUGACGAGGUCUCGGGGUCAACGUUAAUCUUUCAACGCCGCAGCGUUUCUCACGUGUAACUACUUCUAGACAUCUUUUAACCAACAUCUGUUAUAGUUAAAAAAUACUUUUUAUCAACGUUGGCUCUUUUUGUGGGUUUAGUUUUUAGCUAACGUUGAGCCACUAUAAGGAGUAUUUGAACUGUAUUUGCUGGCUGUGGGCGGGUCUUAUUGAUGGCUAACUGCUGAUUGGACAAAAUUGGACCCUUAUGAUGGCGAUGGAGCUUGACGGCGUGUGGCUGAGGGUGAAGAACGUCUGUAAACAGAAUGGACUCCUCAUCAUGUCCGUCAUGGCUGUGGUCAUCGGCUGUUUGUUGGGCUUCUUCCUGAGGACGCGGCGACUCUCAGAGCAGGAAGUGAAGUACUUUCAGUUUCCUGGGGAGCUGCUGAUGAGAAUGCUGAAGAUGCUGAUCCUCCCACUGGUCGUGUCCAGUCUGAUGUCAGGACUCGCUGCCCUGGACGCCAAGUGUUCUAGUCGUCUGGGUCUGAUCACAGUGUCCUACUACCUGUGGACCACGUUUGUGGCCGUGAUCGUUGGGAUCAUCAUGGUCUGCAUAAUCCACCCUGGGGGUGCGGCCCAGAAAGAAGACUCAGAGGACAGUGGGAAACCCAUCAUGAGUUCUGCCGAUGCUCUCCUGGACCUGAUCCGGAACAUGUUCCCAUCUAAUCUGGUCCAAGCCACGUUUCAGCAGUACCGGACCAGCAGCGAGUACAUUGUGAAACCAAAGCCAGGUGUGAGUCAGACGUCGUCCGAGUCCACCACACGGCGGACGCUCAUCUACGGCAUCAGAGGCGAUAAUGGGAGUGACAUCCAGAACUUUGCCCUGGACCUGACUCCGCCCCCUGACGUGCUUGUACGAACGCGGGAAGGAACGAGUGAUGGGAUGAACGUCCUUGGAAUUGUUAUUUUCUCAGCAACCAUGGGAAUCAUGUUAGGAAGGAUGGGGCCCAACGGCGCCGCCCUGGUCAACUUCUGCCAGAGUCUGAACGAGGCCGUCCUGAGGAUCGUGGCCAUCGUCAUAUGGUACUUCCCAUUUGGCAUCGUGUUCCUGGUGGCUGGAAAGAUCCUGGAGAUGAGUGAUCCUUCAGACAUGGGUAAAAAGCUUGGGUUCUACGCCCUGACAGUGGUCUUUGGUCUGGUGCUGCACGGCCUGUUCAUCCUUCCUGCCAUGUACUUCUUCAUCACCAAGAAGAGCCCCAUUGUCUACAUCCGUGGAAUUCUGCAGGCGCUGCUCAUCGCGUUAGCCACUUCCUCCAGCUCAGCCACGUUGCCCAUCACCUUUAAGUGCCUCCUGGAGAACAACCACAUCGACCGGCGAAUCAUACGCUUUGUGCUUCCUGUCGGUGCCACCAUCAACAUGGACGGAACUGCACUCUACGAGGCCGUGGCGGCCAUUUUCAUCGCUCAGGUCAACAACUAUGAGCUGGACUUUGGUCAGAUCAUCACCAUCAGCAUCACAGCCACAGCAGCAAGUAUUGGAGCAGCGGGAAUUCCUCAGGCUGGACUUGUUACCAUGGUGAUCGUCCUCACAUCUGUGGGACUGCCUACUGAUGACAUCACUCUCAUCAUUGCUGUUGAUUGGGCGCUAGACAGAUUCCGGACCAUGGUGAACGUGAUGGGAGACGCCUUGGCCACAGGAAUCAUGGCCCACAUCUGCAGGAAAGACUUCCUGAAAGAAGGAGACGGGCUGCUCCCUCCUGAUGUGGCUCGACUGAUGCAGCUGGAGGAGGGGGUUCGAGUCCCGUCUCUGCUGCAUCCACAACAGUCGUCUCCACCACACAGGAAGAAACCUCCGGUUCCCCCACGACACCUGAAGAAGAACAAAGAUCAGUGCGCCAUCGAUAUGAACGGCGUGGAGACAAAUGUUUGAUGAUAAAGAAGACACAGACUGACGUGGUGUCACAGUGGACCAGUCAGCAACAACCUAGGCUGGAGUUUAGUUUGAAUCCACUUCAGCUGAGGGAUGUCAGACCAACAUCAGCUGAGAGGGGCAGGAGGAGGUGUUUGGUUCUGACUGACUCUGAGUCAGUGAAACCUUUUCUAUGACAUCAUGUUUUUAAAUGUCUGUGUUUAAAGGUGAAUAAAAUGACUCUUUUCUGCAGCUGUAGAUGAAGUGACAUUUAUCUGCUUUAUCUAACAGUUAGCCUCUUCAUACUGAAACAUCUGGCACAUUCAGCUUCCUGGUUGGUUUGACUGAGUUACAUCUCAGGUUAGAGUUAACAUUCUUUGGUUUAACAUUUGUUGUUUUCAACAUUUGGUUGAACAUUUAGCUAAGUCUGUUCUUUUCCUGAGUGACUCCUGCUCCUACGUGGUGUGUUCAGGUAAAACAAACAACACAGAGACAAAAACUCACAGAGUGACGCGUCUGUCCUUUUAAAUGCUGUGUUUCAUUUUCACUGUUACAGAGUGAACUGGACAAAGACUUUUGUGCAGUUUUUUAAGUGCAUUUUGUUGAAACAAUAUGAAUAAACUCUUUGGUAAAAAAAAAAAAAAAGUCAAA